AAGUUGUUCACACACAAACAUGUAUAUAUACAUCUUACGCCUUUUUCUUAUCCACCACUUAAAUCUCAAACUAACAAACAGUCAAACCUUAACUUCACUCAUAACUUGCAACUACCAAAAAACAGCUUCGCAUGGAUAUCUUCACCCCAUUUCUUGAUCAACUGUCCUCGGACAACUCUUCCAUUGAGUCCUCUUCGGCUUCUGAUUGCAGCAGCAGUAGCACCACAACCAUCGGUGGUGUAGGAUAUGGGGACGUGGAAGUGAUGCUGGCUUCGGAAAACCCAAAGAAGAGAGCAGGAAGGAAGAAGUUUAAGGAGACGCGACACCCGGUUUACCGGGGAAUAAGGAGGAGGAACUCCGGUAAGUGGAUUUGUGAGGUGAGAGAGCCUAACAAGAAAUCGAGGUUGUGGCUGGGGACGUAUGCCACCGCUGAAAUGGCAGCCAGGGCGCAUGAUGUGGCCGUUUUGGCCAUGAGAGGACGAUCGGCGUGUUUGAACUUUGCUGACUCGGUUUGGAGGCUGUCGGUACCGGAGUCUAGCAAUGUGAAGGAUAUAAAGAAGGCGGCGGCUGAGGCGGCGGAGGCUUUUAAACCGAGAGAUGAUGUGGUGGUGGAGAUGGUGGAAACGAAGGAGGUGGAGGAAAUGGUGGUUUACAUGGAUGAAGAAGAGAUCUUUGGGAUGCCGGCGUUUCUUGCCAGCAUGGCGGAGGGAUUGAUGCUACCGCCACCUCAGACGGUGGGGUAUGGCAAUUAUAUGGAUGAUAACAUUGAAUUUUGUGUUGACUUGCCUUUAUGGAACUUUUAGAUAGAUUUAGUGUUUUGUUUUUUUUUUUUCUCAAUCCUUUGAUAAAUGUUCAUAAUAAACCCAUUAACAAAACAUUGCUUGUAUAGAUGAUAUUGCACAUGAAUUCAAAAGAAAAACAAUAACCUUAUAAAUUUUUUUUUUUUUUUCUAUGUGUAUCUCUUAUUGGUGAUUACAAAACCACAUUUGGACUAAAGUAUGUAUCAUUUAUAUUGAUAAUGUUGUGGGUUAAAAUACAUAUUCAAUUAGAGCA